UGUUUAUUUUCUUUUCUCUUUCUCUUUCUCUUUCUGUUUUUUUCUUUCCUUCCGAAUUACUGUUGCAAACCGUUUUCUUCUCAUUUCAUCUGCAUUUUGGCAACAUUCUUUUUUGGCCCAUUGAACACACACGAUAAAAAAUCGCAGAACAAAAAGAUCCACAAAUUCCUAAAUCAUAAUCAUAUAUUAUACAAAAAUUCCAAAUCGCAAUAAAAAAAUAAAUAUCGUUAUAUAUAUAUAUCUAUCUAACAGUUGGUUGCCAUUGCGCUGCAACCAAAGUUAAAAGCAACAAGACGGCAUCGCCAACGGCAACAACAAGGACACGGACGCCAGCGACGGCAAGAACAAGGACAAGGACAACGCACAUUGCGCGGCAGGACAAUGCGGAUAUGUGGUCCACUCUGCUGUUGCCACUGCUGCUGCUCCAUCUCAUCCAACUGCAUGCCACGGUCGCCAUGGCCACAGCCAGCGGCGGCCUCACCGUAAUCGAGGGCGCCAGCACCAGCACCAGCAGCAGCAGCAGCACCUCCACCACCAGCUCCACCACCACCAUUAGCAGUAGACACAGCAGCAGCAGCAACAGCAGCAUCAGCAGCAUCACCAGCAGCAACACAUCAAGCGCUGUGACCGCUCUCAAUCUGCGGAAGCGGCAUCGCAAGCGCAACAGCAACUGGUACGAUUAUCGCAACUACAGCGAGAACAACACGGCUGUCGAGUGGAUGAAUCCUUGCGGCGGCUCCUACUACACACCCUCAGCCAGCGAGAGUCGGCGCGCCCAGCGGCCCAAACAGAUCUUCAAUCAGUUGAAGCGUGCCGCUGGCACGGAAUACCGUGAGCUGAACAGCACGCAGGACCACAAGGGCAUCGAUAUUGGGGAUAUGCAGGUGUGGUCGCUUCACAAAUAUAACUACAAAUUUCUGCCCAAGCUGAAGCCCAAUUCAACAAUCGCUUUGAAGCGCUGGUAUCGCAACAUGCAAACGUAUGUGGCAAGCUUUGCGUAUUUGCGGCGCGUGCAAAUCAAUUGGGACAGGCAGAAUCUGAAGCGCGAGUCCGCCAUCGCCAAAGAGCUGAAGAGGCUGUUGCUCAGCUCGCGCAGCAUGCUCUGCGAGCUGGAGACGGCCGUAAAUCGCACAUAUCCGAUGCCGCUGACGCUUGGCGUUUCGGCCAAGCAGCGACGCCAGCUGCAGCUGCCACAAAUCUCGCGCAAUGAUAUGAACAGGCGGCUCAAGUUGCGUAGCAAGAUGCGACCAGCGGCAGCAGCAGCAGCAGCAGCAGCGACAACAACUGAAGCAGCGUCUGUGGCAGCGACGGCAAUCGGAGAGGCAGAUCCGAUGGAUAUGCGUUUUGUGAAACAUCAUUACUAUGAGUUUCUGCGCACCAUGUGGCAGCUACUGCGACGCGACAGCAAACGCGAGCGCCAGCAGCGACGCCAGAAACGCCAGCGACGUCAGCAGCGCCAGCGAGAGCAGCAGCACCAGCAGCAGCAAUCGCCAUUGGCGCUUAGUGGCACCUCUGAGGACAAGAUCCUCAGCAAGGAUUAG